AUGUCAGAAAGUUCAGGGGAUGUGAGCUGGUCUUCUCUGCCAAACAAAGGCCAGCUAUUCAUUAUUGUCCUUGCUCGUUUUUCUGAGCCUGUCGUACGAACGUCCAUCUCGACAUACGUGUUCUAUCAGUUACAAUCCCUUGACCCAUCGAGACCAACCGACGCGAUCGUCCGCGAUGCCGCUAUGCUUCAAACAGUAUUCACCCUCGCUCAAGGAUGUACGGCAGUCUUAUGGGGUCACUUAGCCGACUCUUCUAGAGGAGGUAGGAAAAUGGUGUUGCUAAUCAGCUUGGGAGGGUCAUUUUUGGGCACGACAGCUUUCGGUUUCGUUCGCGAUUUCCGCCAGGCCGUGAUCCUCCGGCUGUUAGAAGGCGCGGUUAAUGGUAAUACUGCCAUGAUUAGGACUAUGGUAUCUGAGAUUGUCAAGGAACGUCGUUACCAAGCCAAAGCAUUCGUUCUCAUGCCCUUGGCUUAUAACAUUGCUGCCAUCGUAAGUCCUAUGGUCGCCGGACUACUGGCUGACCUCGCAAGCCAGUACCCUCAAUCUUUUGGUCAGAUAGCUUUCUUUCGCCAAUUCCCUUAUGCGCCACCCGCUAUUGCCAGUGCCUUGGUCACAUUGACCGCAUUUCUACUGGUUUUCUUCAGGUUAAAGGAGACGCAUGUAGUAGCGCGUCAUAAAUAUGACUUAGGCCUUGACAUCACAGCUAGAAUCACAUCAUUAUUCACGAGAUGGAGAAAGGAUUCGCACCAUCAACCGUAUUCUGUAGUUGCGCAAGAAGAAGCGAAUGAAGGAGACCAGUUUUUGAGUCAAGAAGAAGAGAUCGAAAUGAGCUCUCCUUCACAUAACCACGAAGUAGAAAAGCAGAAACUUCCUCUGCGUCAGAUCUUUACUCGCAAUCUCUGUCUUACUCUGAUAGCUCAUGGAAUCAUGGAAGGUCAUGUUGCAGUCUACAACACACUCUGGCCCAGCUUUCUCAGCGAUCCGGUAGCAGACCCAGGAAAAGACCAUAUCCAACUCCCAUUCCGCUUCAUCGGUGGCCUUGGCCUACCGGCAAAGAAGAUUGCCAUUUCACUGGCCUAUGCUGGAGUACUUGGAAUCCCACUACAGAUCUUCGGCUACUCCCGAGUUGUUAAGCGACUAGGAAUGAUGAGGACGUGGCGCAUAUUCCUGAGAGGAUUUCCACUGGUUUAUCUAUUCAUCCCUUACCUUUCUAUCAUACCAUCAAGCUCAUCUAGACCUGCUCCUCGGGAUGGACCCCUCGUUUGGAUAGCAAUCUUUGUUGCACAAACAUUAAUGAUGUGUAGCGCAUCAUUUGUCAUACCCUCGCAGAUCGUUCUAACUAACAACUCAUCGCCGCACCCCUCGGCCCUCGGAAGGACUCACAGCAUUGCUGAAAUGAUAUGCAGUUUUACCCGUACUGUCAGCCCCAUCGCAGCAGGCCUAUUCUACUCGUAUGGAUCAUCACACGGCGUUACUGGUCUUCCUUGGUGGAUAAUGAGCGGCGUGACUCUUUUUGCGUGUAUUUUGAGUUAUUAUGUGUACGAAGGUGACGGGCAUGAGAUUAAACUUGAAACAGAUGAGGAAUGA